ACAGGGAAGAGGCCCUAUGAAUGCACUGAGUGUGGAAAAUGCUUCCCUAGCAGCUCAGCCCUUUCUCAACAUCAGAGAAUCCACACAGGGGAGAGGCCCUAUGAAUGCAGUGAGUGUGGGAAAACCUUCAGUCACAGUUCACACCUUAUUAGGCAUCAGAGAAUCCACACAGGGAAGAGGCCCUAUGAAUGCAGUGAAUGUGGGGGAAAAUUCAAUCGCAGCUCAGACCUUCUUACCCAUCAGAGAAUCCACACAGGGGAGAGGCCCUAUGAAUGCAGUGAGUGUGGGAAAACCUUCAAUUGCAGCUCAAACCUUCUUACUCAUCAGAGAAUCCACACAGGGGAGAGGCCCUAUGAAUGCAGUGAGUGUGGAAAAUGCUUCACUAGCAGCUCAGCCCUUUCUAAACAUCAGAGAAUCCACACAGGGGAGAGGCCCUAUGAAUGCAGUGAAUGUGGAAAAUGCUUCACUAGCAGCUCAGCCCUUUCUCAACAUCAGAGAAUCCACACAGGGGAGAGGCCCUAUGAAUGCAGUGAAUGUGGGGGAAAAUUCACUCGCAGCUCAGUCCUUAUUAGACACCAGAGAAUCCACACAGGGAAGCGGCCCUAUGAAUGCAGUGAGUGUGGAAAAUGCUUCACUAGCAGAUCAGACCUUAUUAGACAUCAGAGAAUCCACACAGGGGAGAGGCCCUAUGAAUGCAGUGAAUGUGGGGGAAAAUUCAAUCGCAGCUCAGACCUUAUUACACAUCAGAGAAUCCACACAGGGAAGAGGCCCUAUGAAUGCAGUGAGUGUGGCAAAAACUUCACUAACAGCUCAAACCUUCUUGCCCAUCAGAGAAUCCACACAGGGAAGAGGCCCUAUGAAUGCAGUGAGUGUGGAAAAUGCUUCACUAGCAGCUCAGGCCUUUAUCAACAUCAGAGAAUCCACACAGGGGAGAGGCCCUAUGAAUGCAGUGAGUGUAGAAAAUGCUUCACUGACAGCUCAGCCCUUUCUCAACAUCAGAGAAUCCACACAGGGGAGAGGCCCUAUGAAUGCAGUGAGUGUGGGGGAAAAUUCAAUCGCAGCUCAAACCUUCUUGCCCAUCAGAGAAUCCACACAGGGGAGAGGCCCUAUGAAUGCAGUGAGUGUGGGAAAACCUUCAGUCACAGUUCACACCUUAUUAGGCAUCAGAGAAUCCACACAGGGAAGAGGCCCUAUGAAUGCAAGGAGUGUGGGAAAAACUUCACUCGAAGAUCAACCCUUUCUGCUCAUCAGAGAAUCCACACAGGGGAGCGGCCCUAUAAAUGCCAUGAGUGUGGAAAAUGCUUCACUGUAAGAUCAGCACUUUCUGAUCAUCAGAGAAUUCACACAGGAGAGAGACCCUAUGAAUGCAGUGAGUGUGGGAAGAACUUCACUCACAGCUCAAACCUUAUUGCCCAUCAAAGAAUCCACACUGGGGAGCGGCCCUAUAAAUGCAGUGAGUGUGGGAAAUACUUCACUGAGAGCUCAGCCCUUUCUGCACAUCAGAGAAUCCACAUGGGGAAGACGCCCUUUGAAUGCCAUGAGUGUGGGAAAAUCUUCAGUCGCAGCUCGCACCUCAUUAGACAUCAGACAGUCCACACAGGGCAGAGGCCCUAUGAAUGCAGUGAGUGUGGGAAAACCUUCAGUCGCAGUUCACACCUUAUUAGACAUCAGACAGUCCACACAGGGGAGAGGCCCUAUGAAUGCAGUGAGUGUGGGAAAACUUUCAGUUUCAGCUCACAUCUUAUUAGGCAUCAGAUAGUCCACACAGCGGAGAGCCCCUAUGAAUGCAGUGAGUGUGGGAAAACCUUCAAUCGCAGCUUGCACCUUAUUAGGCAUCAGAGAUUCCACACAGGGGAGAGCCCCUUUGAAUGCAGUGAGUGUGGGAAAACCUUCAAUUGCAGCUGGAACCUUAUUAGGCAUCAGAAAAUCCACACAAGUGAGAGAACCUAUGAAAGCAGUGAGUGUGGGAAAACCUUAGGGCCCAAAGAAAUUUUGUCCAACUCCACUUCCUAGUUCAGUGUGUCUCAUUACCGUUCCAGAGGAUACCAGGGUUAGAUUGAGAACAAUCAUCCUUCACCGUUUGGAUGCAAAGAGAGAGUGCUUCAUAGGACAUUCCUUCCCUGUGGAUCCCAAACUGGCUGCCUGAGUGGGUAAUAAGGACUU